AUGAGAAACACAUUCGCUCUCGCCGCUGUGGCCGCCCUGGCUGGUUAUGCAGCUGCCCAAACGUCCACUACAUGUGAUCCGCUCAAUACUACAUGUCCUGCCGACUCUGCUCUCGGCACUGAGCAUACAUGGUGGUUCAACGAGACGCUCGACGCCACUAUCUGGAACAUGACUGAUGGCGCGCUCAAGUAUACCGACGAAGGAGCCGAAUUCACCCUCGAGACUAAUGGAUCGUCUCUCCUAUUGCAGUCCAACUUCUAUAUCUUCUUCGGCGUCGUUGAGUCAUGGGUCAAGAUGGCCAAGGGUGCGGGUAUCAUCAGUAGUGUCGUCCUCGAAUCUGACGACCUCGACGAAAUCGACUGGGAAUGGCUCGGAUAUAAUACAUCGCUCGUGCAGACCGACUUCUUCGGCAAGGGCAACACUACUGGAUACGAUCGCGGCACUAGUGUGGGCAUGUCGAACGCCGAUACUGAGUUCCAUAACUACACCACCUAUUGGGAUCAUGAUAGACUGGAAUGGUGGCUGGAUGACGUCCUGGUUCGCACAGUCAACUACUCCGAGUCCCUGACACUUGGCGGCAAGAACUACCCACAGACUCCUUGUCAAGUUAAGAUCGGUAUUUGGCCUUCCGGUGAGGAAAGCGAGUCCUUGGGUACGAUCGAAUGGGGUGGUGGUCUGGUCGAUUGGGAUGAUGCCCCAUUCACCAUGACCGUCCAGCGCGUUCGUGUGAAGGAUUUCCAUUCCGGCAAGGAGUACAAGUACGGCAACCACUCGGGUGAUUGGCAAAGUAUCGAGGUGGUCUCGGGUAACUCUACCACUGUCACCGAACUCAACAAGAAGGCCAAGGAGACACUGGCCGAGAAAUGGGAUGACCUUGGCGAAGGAGCCCAUAUCGGCAUUUACGUCUCAUGCGGUGUAGUCGGCGCGGCCUGCGUCGGUGCAUUCAUGUGGUGGUGUAUACGCCAACGUCGCCAGGGCCGUCUCGCACAAGCUCUGGACGACACCAAAUUUGCCGACCAGCGCACUGAAAUGCUCAACUACCAGAAUGAAUGGAAACAAAGUGAAUGGAGAAAGAGUGGCUACAAUAAAGUCGGCUAA